AAGAAUUUCAAAAAGUUUCCUACUCAGAGCAGAAAUGUCGUUUUGGAUGGAUAACAGAGCAGAAGCAGCUAAAAACAUCCCAGACUUUGAUGUACAUGAUAUUAUUCUUACGUCAGAUAUGGUUUCCCACUUUUCUUGACAUUGUUUAAUACUUAAGGACGCGGCGGUAUGGAAACGCAAGCAAGCCAGCAGGAAUCAACUACUAAGAAAAAAAUGGGAUCAUCUCUUUUUUCUUUUCCUACAAUACCAAUGCCUUCUUGUUAACUGCACAAAAGCCAAUUCUUCUGUUCUUUGUUCUAAUCCAAGCACUGUGCAACUUUACCUUUAUUUAGUGCUAUAAAUACUGAUAUUAGACAACUCUCAUUUCAUCGCAGGCGAAAGAGAAACAGAGUUAGCGAGAGAGAGAGAGAGAGAGAGAGAGAGAGAGAGGAAAUGAGGCCUGCAAGCAACCACACAACAAGUGGUGCUGGUGUUGGAUUCUCGCACUGGAACUCUCCCAUGCCUUACCUCUUUGGUGGGCUAGCACUCCUGCUGGGAAUCAUCACUGUUGCUUUGAUAAUCCUUGCCUGCUCAUAUAGGCAGUCUGUGUCCAAUUCAGCAACACAGGUUCGCGAAGAGACACCAGUCAAGCAAGUAGACAGCUCUGAGCCAAAGAUUGUUGUGAUCAUGGCUGGUGAUGAGAAUCCUACGUACUUGGCUAAGCCUAAGCCUGUCUCUUGCGAUUGCCACAAUGAAGAACAAGUUUAAGUCUGACGAAUCUCAAGACACCCUUUUCUUUCUUUCGUUCUUUUCUUUUACCCAUUUUGGUUUGCCUGCGGGAAUAUGUAAAGCGAUGAGUAUGAAGAGGAUGAUAUUUUUGUAAGACGCAUAUAUAUAUUUCAGUGAUUUUUGUACCAAAUAGCAAACUUGUGCCUUUAAGAAAUUUGUGAAAUGAAGAAUCACUUGACUAAA